AUGUCCACGGAAAUAUACAACAAGGCGCUAAAGGCAACCAAAAGCGCGCAAGAUGAAAAAGCGUCUGUAGCUCCUGAAUACAAACCUGAGUUAGCGGACAUCACUGAGCUUGAGGAUCGUUGGGGAUACGUCAAAAGGACAAGUCGAACAGCUGACCAACGCCAAUAUCUCGAUGAUGACCGCUACGCCAGUUACGCAAUGGUCCUGCGCCGCCGCCUCAACGAUAAAGAGCAACCAAAAUUCACCCAGCUUGAGAUUAGGUCGCCAUUGAUUCGAAAAUUGUUGCAAGUUGUGUGUGGAGAUAACGACCUUGUGAAUACCGCCGCUUCCGUCAUCAUCAUCAGUUCGCCGUAUCUAGCUUUGUUUCUUUAUCGAAACGAGAUACGCAAAUAUGUUGAAGAGUGCAAACCAGAAGCGGAUAAAAUUCACGUAUCCAUUUUGGUCGCAUUUAUUAACAGACACCUGAAGGUCGUUGAAAGCGAACUGGAGAGACUUCUCCCCUCUUACCGAAUAUCCUUUGCUAUCGCAUGGACCCUACUGAGACCAGGUACAAUAGUAGUGGCUCAGCGCGACUACUACGAAGAGUGUUACGUGGUCGAAACACUCAACAUAGUUCAGACCCAAACCGGUCCUGAGCUUCAUGUCAAUGUGCGUGGAUGGGAUUACAAUGGGGCAAGGUUCGGGCCGGUGGCAAGAACGAUGAUAAUCCCUUACUUUCCGGGCGUUCGUCAGAUUACAGCGCUUGAAAUCUAUCCCAUUUCAUUCCACCAAGAGAAAGACGGAGGAGACUUGAGCAAGCGACUCACUGAAAGAGGCUACAAGUGGCGGAAGAUGCUUAAUAAGACGCACAAAUCCUACAAAGGCAAGUUGAAUCUUGCAUGGACCACUCCUUUCAAUCGCGCCGAAUCUGCUAGCGUUGAAGGCUUGGUGGCCCGACACUAUUCCGGUCGAGUGAUGCUGGACUACACCAGUCACCAGCAAGCCAAUCCCAGCCAAGCGACUAUACUUUCAGAAUCCAGCGCAAAGGCAGGAACUGCAAAUAAUACCAAAGAUUCGGAAGCCGUUGACAUACCUACAAUCAAGGAUCAUCAUCUCUCAUACCCAGAUGACUCGACCUACGAAAUGACACCUGACCAGGCUUUUCUCUGUCCUGCACGGAUACGUGGCUUCUCGCUUACCGAUAAAACCUGGGCAUUCUUUCUCGUCGACAGCGUAAACGAUAUUAGCUGGGGAGAAAACACCUUGAAGCGGCUUGAGAUAGAUCCAGAGAUAAAGGAAACUCUCAAAGCUUUGGUCAAUACUCAUUCCAAGAAGGAAGGUCGUUUAAACGGCACUCUCGAUGACAUCAUCUCCGGAAAAGGGCAAGGCCUCGUUUUUCUACUUUCUGGAGCACCUGGGUUGGGAAAGACUCUAACAGCGGAGUGUAUAGCCGAAGAACUGCAGCUCCCGUUGUAUUCCAUCACAAGCGGUGAGCUCGGUACCGAUGUAGCAAAAAUCGACGUCCAACUGCGAAAUUUGUUUAGCCGCGCCAGGUCCUGGCAGGCAAUCCUUCUCCUGGACGAAGCCGAUGUUUUCCUAGCGAAACGGCAGACGGCAGAUCUGAAACGCAACGCUCUCGUCUCAGUCUUUCUCCGCUCAAUCGAGUAUUAUCAGGGUAUCCUGUUUCUCACAACAAAUAGGUCAAAGGAUUUCGACGAAGCAUUUCAAAGUCGCAUCCAUUUCAAGAUCCAUUAUAAACCGCUAGAUGCAAAGCGAAGAGCAAUUUUGUGGCGGAAUCUACACCAGAGUUUGAAUGGGUCAAACGGAUCCAUGUGGGAUGAAGCCGUGUACAGCCGGUUUGGUCAGGAGUUCGAAAUUAACGGUAGGGAAAUAAAGAACAUCUUUAACACAGCUAUAUCGGUGGCAGAGUACGAUAAGGAGAUCCUAAAAGAGGAACAUGUUCGGCGGGUAUAUGAUCUUAGUUUGAUAUGGAGGCAAGGCGCUAAUGAGGAGGAAACAUCAGUAGAUUAG